CUCGAUUUCAUUCAAAAUUAGCGUAUCCCAUAAUUUUUGAUAAAGAUGGCGGAGGCUGGUACAAGUGAGUCCAGCAGCCCAGACACAGAUCGAGACUUUGAUCCUUCCGCUGACAUGUUAGUCCAUGAAUACGACGAUGAACAGACACUGGAGGAGGAAGAAGCACUCAGUGGGGAGAGCUGUUGUGAUGAACUCGGAGAUUUAGAAAAGGAGGGGGAGAUGCCUUUGGAGGACCUGCUGGCAAUGUAUGGCUAUGGAGGGGGGCCCAGACCAGUGGUGGCCGAGGAGAGACAGGACACUCGCUCCAGCAGUGAGGAGGAGAUCCUCAGUAACCACGAUCUCACACUCGACAAAGACGAGAUCGCUCGAGACAUUCUGAAGACGAGCGACGACGAUGAUGACAAAGAGACCACAGCACAUGAACUCCUCAGUAGUGUGUCCUCCUCACAGACAGCCAGACUCCUCAGGUCUAAGAGUCAGGAGGGUAGUGAUGAGGACUCUGAAUCAGAAGAGGAUUUAGAUUACCACCCUAUAGAACCCAUGGAUGACUGGAAAAAGACAAUCCAGGUUGGAUCUGACUACCAGGCCACGGUUCCUGACGGACUUUGUAAAUACGGCGAUGCACCGGCAUAUGAAAAUGAAGAUCGUUUGUUAUGGGAUCCCACAAAGAUAGAAGACCCGGAAGCUGUGGAGAAAUACUUAGAGGAAGUGAAGAACCAGAUCAUGCAGAAUGGGACAGGGGCCAGUGCUCUACCCACUGGGGCUCAUGUCAGGGACGACGAACAGGCUUUGUAUAUGUUACUUCAGUGUGGACAUAACAUAGAGGAAGCUCUGAGGAGGAGGAAAAUGCAGGCCGUCCCACCCACAGAUCCUAUGAGCCUUUGGUCCGAGGAAGAAUGUCGUAAUUUUGAGAACGGACUCCGAACAUAUGGAAAAGAUUUCUACCUCAUUCAGCAAAACAAGGUGAAGACCAGAUCAGUAGGAGAACUAGUACAGUUUUAUUAUCUGUGGAAGAAAACAGAGAGACAUGAUGUGUUUGCCAACAAAAACAGGAUAGAGAAAAGAAAAUAUGUUUUACAUCCAGGAAUAACAGAUUACAUGGAGCGGUUCCUGGAUGACCAGGAGAGUCCAGUACCAGCCCCCACAAGAGAGCGUUCAGCCAGCCCUGUCCACUCUCUCAUCUAUGGUGACCCCAAACGUAAUCAUCUCAGGCCCCACUUAGACGGAGAGGGGGCAAGACACCACAUAGACGGAGAGGGGGCAUCUUCUGUACGUAUCGAGCCCCGGGAGCUGGACGUAUCGGGGGCGUCCCCGACUGUUGUUACGGUCAGUCCAGAAAAGCGUAAACAGACUGCUACAAGUUCUUCAUCAGUGGCUGUGAACGGCUUACAUGACGCAGAGGAACCUGUUCAGAAGAAACUGAAAACUAACGGUGAAAGUUCUCAUUAUGAACUCCAGGAGUCUUACUCAGACGGGAGCGGUCGCUGUGAUUCAUCCUCUCUGUCGUCAAGUAUUGUGUCUAGUACAUGUGACUCGGGCUCAUCUAAUAGUGCUGUUACCUGUUUAUCUAAUGAGGACAUCUCUUCUUCGAAACAUUUACCCUCCGAGUCUGUAGCCUCAUAAAAUGUAGCUCACAGUUCAUGUAGAGGGUCAUUUCUUCAUAAGAAAUGACAAUGUCAUCUUAGUUAGGAAGCAUAUAUUAACAUAAAUUUCAUCACUUUUUUU